AUGAACAAUCAAAGUUUUUGUCCAAUUGGGGACAAUCCUCCGACUUUUGGAGAAGGAACAAAUCAUGUAACCGGAGGAGCAGAUAUAACUUAUACUCAAUCUCAAGCUCUGUCUUAUUGUGAACAACUGGAAGCAACACUAACUGGAUUGGAAACAACGAAUGAGAGAGAUUUCGUUGCUAAUACUGCUAUCGAUAUUCUAGGUCCAGAUUACCCACAAUUCGCUGGAUUUUGGGUUUCAGGAAUUCGAAAAUCGGAAUGUUAUGCAGAUGGAUGGCAAGACAUACCAUAUUGUACGGGUACUAACCUACAGCAAUUCAGCUUCUCUGAUGACUACCUCUCUAGCUAUUCUGGAUAUACAUGGGAUUACGAACAACCAGAUAGAAAUGCCGUUGGACAAUGGUCUAAUUGUAUUCAAAUAUGGAUUCGAAAUGAGGCGAAAUUUCCAAAUUUAACAUAUUCUUUGUAUGCAAAUGGAAAUGUCGACGAUGCUGUGUGUGAUGGUGUAGAUUAUCAAGAUUACUAUCUUCGUGGGUUCGCAUGUGGAAAACUGCCUGUUAUCCCGGAUGGAGCAUGUUGA